AUGCUGCUGAACGUCCUCCUCGUCCUGCUGUCCUCUCGGAGCGUCUGGACCAGAAAGUCUGAACCUGUCCUCGACGGGGCGGACGCGGGUGUCUUCAGAGGCUCGGACAGGUACGACUUUGCCGUGGAGGUUCCUGCUGCGGGGAUGGAGUGUUUCUGGCACUUUGCUCACCAGAGUGGAAACUUCUUCCUGUCGUACAUGGUGCAGUGGGUAACAGGCGUGGCCAGCGAUCACCGGCUGUUUGUGACCAUCAGCUCACCGAACGGCGUCCUCAUGGCGUCAAAGAACGAGGCGGUCGCUCAGAUGAGCUUCCAGACUGAAGUGACAGGGUUUUACCGGAUGUGUUUUGGGAACCACAACAACCAGUUCGGAGGCAUCAGGGUGUUUGUGAACUUUGGCGUCAUCUACGAAGGUUUCGCAGAGUCGAAGACGGAGACGGAGGAGGGAGAGAAAGUCCUCAACAACACUUUGGCUGGAAUCGAGGUGUUUGUCCCACUUUGAGUCUUAAAGUUGUAAUUUUAGUCUGAGUCAUGUUUAGCGCAGUCAGCACUUGUUUUUUUCUGGAGCUGGAGAUAAAUUCUGCUUUAAAAGUUUCACAUAAAAAGA